GGGGCGCAGGCGGAGCGGGCGGAGGGGUCCCUGCCAGCCCCGCGCGCCCCUCCGCGCCCCCUCCCCCUCCCGCCGGCGGCGCUCCCGGCCCGGCGCGUCCCCGGGUCCCCCGAGCCUCGGGCCGCGCCGCGAAGAAGCGGGAAGGAGGCGGCUGCCCGAUUUGUUUGUAAAUGCAUCAUAAACAGACAGCCCAGAAUGAAGAAAGCAAGCAGGAGUGUUGGCUCAGUGCCCAAAGUGCCUGGAGUAAAUAAAACUCAAACAACUGAAAAAGCCAAACCAGAAAACGGCUCCUCGGUGUCUGCAGUAACAAAACUCUCCAAAACUGGGACAUCAGCCUCUCUUUUGAAGACUAAGAGUAAUGAUGACCUUUUAGCGGGGAUGGCUGGUGGUGGUGGAGUGACAAUGACCAAUGGUGUCAAGGCAAAGAAGAGCACUUGUGUAUCAACAGGAUCUUCAGCUUCAGGGACAGCCACGAGCGGUCUGGAAAAUAAACCCAAAACUGUUGCAGGUACAAGUUCCACAACUAAGCGUAGCACUUCGUCUGGAAAUAAAGAGUCAAGCUCUUCUAGAGAAAGAAUGCGUGAUCGUUCUCGUUUGAGCCAGAGCAAAAAGCUGCCUCUGACUGGCCAGGGGACCCAUGACACGGGACUGGCAAAGCGCUCCCGCAGCCGCGCCAAUCCGGAAUCCAACAUCCGGAUGAGCAAGUCCAAAUCAGACAAUCAAAUCAGUGACAAAGCUGCGUUGGAAGCAAAGGUGAAUGAUCUUCUGACAUUGGCAAAAACUAAAGAUGUGGAAAUUUUGCAUCUGAGGAAUGAGCUAAGGGAUAUGCGUGCUCAGCUGGGACUUAACGAAGAUCAACUUGAAGGUGAUGAAAAAUCUGAAGAAAAAGAGGCCAUCAUUGUCCAUCAGCCAACUGAUGUAGAGUCUACAUUGCUACAGUUACAGGAACAAAACACUGCCAUCCGAGAAGAGCUCAACCAGCUGAAGAACGAGAAUAGAAUGUUAAAAGACAGACUGAAUGCACUAGGAUUUUCUUUGGAACAAAGGCUGGACAACUCUGAAAAACUCUUUGGCUACCAGUCUUUGAGUCCAGAGAUUACAGCCGGCAACCACAGUGAUGGUGGUGGUACUCUCACAUCUUCAGUAGAAGGUUCUGCUCCUGGAUCAAUGGAAGACUUGUUAAGUCAGGAUGAAAACACUUUGAUGGAUAACCAACAUAGUAAUUCCAUGGAUAAUUUGGACAGUGAGUGCAGUGAAGUUUAUCAGCCACUGACAUCAAGUGAUGAUGCCUUAGAUGCUCCAUCAUCUUCGGAGUCUGAAGGUGUACCAAGUAUAGAAAGAUCUAGGAAAGGAAGCAGUGGCAAUGCAAGUGAAGUGUCUGUGGCUUGUCUGACAGAACGGAUACAUCAGAUGGAAGAGAAUCAACACAGCACAGCUGAAGAGCUCCAAGCCACACUUCAAGAGCUUGCAGAUUUGCAACAAAUAACACAAGAGCUAAACAGUGAGAAUGAAAGACUCGGAGAGGAAAAAGUAAUCCUUAUGGAAUCUUUGUGCCAGCAAAGUGACAAGCUAGAACACUUCAGCCGUCAGAUUGAGUAUUUUCGAUCCCUUUUAGAUGAACACCAUAUUUCAUAUGUAAUUGAUGAAGAUAUGAAAAGUGGUCGCUACAUGGAGUUGGAGCAACGCUAUAUGGACCUGGCAGAGAAUGCUCGGUUUGAGCGAGAGCAGCUGUUGGGUGUUCAGCAACACUUGAGCAACACUUUGAAGAUGGCAGAGCAAGACAACAAGGAGGCCCAAGAAUUGAUAGGGGCAUUAAAAGAGCGAAAUCACCACAUGGAACGGAUUAUUGAGUCAGAACAGAAAAGCAAAACAGCGAUAGCAUCUACCUUAGAGGAGUACAAAGCCACAGUAGCCAGCGACCAGAUUGAGAUGAACAGGCUGAAAGCUCAGUUAGAGCAUGAAAAGCAGAAAGUGGCUGAAUUGUAUUCUAUACACAAUUCUGGAGAUAAAUCAGAUAUACAAGAUCUCCUGGAGAGUGUCAGGCUGGAUAAAGAAAAAGCAGAGUCGUUGGCCAGUAGCCUGCAAGAAGAGCUGGCACACACUCGUAAUGAUGCCAAUCGAUUGCAAGAUGCCAUUGCCAAGGUUGAAGAUGAAUACAGAGUGUUCCAAGAAGAAGCUAAGAAACAAAUUGAGGAUCUCAAUGUGACUCUAGAAAAACUUCGGACAGAACUGGAUGAAAAAGAGACUGAGAGAAGUGACAUGAAAGAAACUAUCUUUGAGUUGGAAGAUGAAGUAGAGCAGCAUCGUGCUGUAAAGCUUCAUGACAAUCUCAUCAUAUCUGAUUUGGAGAAUACAGUAAAAAAACUUCAGGACCAAAAGCAUGACAUGGAAAGAGAGAUAAAGAAUCUUCACAGGAGACUCCGGGAGGAGUCAGCAGAAUGGCGUCAGUUCCAGGCUGAUCUGCAGACUGCAGUGGUUAUAGCAAAUGAUAUCAAGUCUGAAGCCCAGGAAGAGAUAGGAGACCUGAAGCGCAGAUUGCAUGAAGCUCAGGAGAAGAAUGAGAAGCUCACUAAAGAACUGGAGGAAAUCAAGUCACGCAAGCAGGAAGAGGAACGUGGUCGAGUGUACAAUUACAUGAAUGCUGUAGAGAGAGAUCUGGCAGCUCUGAGACAAGGCAUGGGCCUGAGUCGCAGAUCAUCCACCUCCUCAGAGCCAACUCCUACUGUAAAAACACUCAUAAAAUCCUUUGACAGUGCCUCCCAAGUUCCAAGCCCUGCUGCUGCUACAAUUCCUCGCACUCCCCUGAGCCCAAGUCCCAUGAAAACUCCCCCAGCUGCUGCUGUAUCCCCUAUGCAGAGGCAUUCUAUAAGUGGACCAAUCUCAGCUUCAAAACCCCUUGCUACACUGACAGACAAGAGACCAAGUUAUGCUGAAAUCCCUGUUCAAGAACAUUUGUUGAGAACAUCUUCUACCAGCAGGCCAGCAUCUUUACCAAGAGUACCUGCUAUGGAAAGUGCCAAAUCUAUUUCUGUGUCUCGAAGAAGUAGUGAAGAAAUCAAACGGGAUAUCAGUGCACCUGAUGGAGCAUCUCCAGCAUCUCUUAUGGCAAUGGGUACCACCUCACCACAGCUGUCACUCUCAUCUUCUCCAACAGCAUCAGUCACCCCUACAACCCGAAGUCGAAUAAGGGAAGAGAGGAAAGAUCCCUUGUCUGCCCUGGCAAGAGAAUAUGGAGGAUCCAAGAGAAAUGCCUUGCUGAAGUGGUGCCAGAAAAAAACAGAAGGCUAUCAGAAUAUCGACAUCACAAACUUCAGCAGUAGCUGGAAUGAUGGCUUGGCUUUCUGUGCAGUCCUCCAUACUUACCUCCCAGCCCAUAUUCCCUAUCAAGAACUAAACAGCCAGGACAAGAGAAGAAAUUUCACUUUGGCUUUUCAGGCAGCUGAAAGUGUUGGCAUCAAAUCUACUCUGGACAUCAAUGAAAUGGUGCGAACUGAGCGUCCAGACUGGCAGAAUGUCAUGCUGUAUGUUACAGCAAUUUACAAAUACUUUGAAACCUGAAACCCUAAUAAUUCAACAGAUCCAUGGGUUAGAACCAACAUGAGCUACCAGAUGGAAAUCUUACUGAAAUGCUAAUCCCCAUUUCACUGAAAAUUGGCAACAUUUGAGUUCUCUCCAACUUUAGUGACACUUAUCCUGGAUUGCCUCAGAUUGCUUCAGCUACUAAGCCUGGAAUCAACUGUUUAAAAGCAAGAAUUUGUUGCCACAGUGCUUGGAAUAACCCAAGUCAUUAAGCUAUUCAGAUUAAUUAUGUAGCCUAAAGAGCCUGGGCUAUCUACAUGCUGCCUUUCCAGCCAGACUUCCUGAAGCUUGCUUUCCUCGGAGAGUGAGAUGAAUGAAUCCUCUAGCUUAUAGGAAACUGAAUGUACAGCUAAAGCUUUGAGAAGGAAAAGGAUAACAUGGCAUCAUAUUACUGAACUUUCUGUAGCAUCCUGAUCCACAGUCUGAAUAUUCUACCCACAGCCUAUGGCACCCCAAUACAGUAGAGUUCUUAAUUUAGUUACUGCCUUUACAGCUAUUUUCCCUCCUUUGAAAUAUGCACAAGAUUCUAAGCUUUUAUUCCAUAUGACAAAUUGAGUGGGAAAGUGCUCUCGAUACCUCGAAGACUUUGGCACAGAAGAACUCUUCAUUAUAAAGCUUCAUUAUAAGCCUACCUCUGUCACAGUGAUGUGGCUUCCAACUCUUGUCUUACGGAUUGUAAAGACUUAACACAUCCAGCUCCUGGUUUUCAGGGUAUGCUGUUCUUCAAGGAAUCUGUCCAAACUCCCUGUGCUUCCAUGAUAACAGAAUUGAGUCAAUAAUCAACCUCUGUAUGGUUUGGUUUUCCCCUCUUCCUCCUUUGCCUGUACAGCACGCACAGCUACCCCAGGCUUUACAGCAAUACGAGCAUAUGUCAUGGAUUUCUGUGGUAGAAUUUUGGAACUGGGAUAGCAUUUCUUCUGCAGAGAAGAUAUUUUCAAUAAGAUGUAAUAAUGAAGUAGUGUGUCUCAAAAUCCAGCUUUGCCAUGUUUUCUGUGUAUUUUUCAUUUAUCUUGCACACCCUCAUCUGACUGACAGAAGGUGAGACGUUCUCUGACAGAACUUUGGAGGAAGUGAUCUAAUGUGCAUACACCCAGUAGUCUUGAAUAUUGUGUGGAAAUGACUGGCUGUCACAAGGAAGGAAUUAAGAAACUUUAAUCUACUCAACUUCUGUUUUCCUAAAAUGUACCUGAAUUCAUGUCUAGGGCAAAAGAGUUCAAGUAAGUGCCUUAUUGAUCACUGAAUGGAUACAUCCUGGCACUUCAGGGCCUUGUGCAGAGUGUUAAAGGCUCAGAACGAUUUCAUCUAUCCCUUUGUCAUAAGCUGUUUGUUGUAAUCUUGUUUGUCAAAUCAAGGGAAGACUUCACUUGAUCAUUGCUUCUGCCAUUUAUUUUUCUGAAUACUAAUCAGCAGUUAAGCUGCAGUUGAACAUCUCUCAUUAAUGUUAAGCAGAAGCCUACUUUAGAACUGAGUUCUGUAACAACUGCUAUUUAUAAGCACAUGCUCUUUCAACACAGUAACCCUGUUAUAAAGAAAAUUAAUCUGUCAUUCCUAUGGUGCUCUUAUGACUGUUAAGGACAGUUUGAAUGUCAUAGAUGUUAACCCAGUGAAUGCAACUCUACUUGGCAUCUGUGAAACUUCAUCAUGGUAUAAAAGCACAGACUUAACACAAAAUCAUUGCCAAAUAAAAACCCUAUCAUCUGAAGAACAUAGCCCAUGUGAAGAGAAGUAAAUCAGCAUGUUUCUAGCAGCUAGCAUUAUAUAAAAAGAUAUGCUUACACUGACGUGUGCCUGUGAGAAUUAAAAAAUUUGCAAAACAACUACUUGGUCCAUGCUGAGGGCCUUCAGAGAAGUCUGCAGAGCAGCAGUGUCUCCUCCACUUUUGCAGUUCUUUAGAACCCCAAAAGUAGCUAGAUAGUCUUGGAUUACUGAUUUGAAGUAAUCCAUUGUGGCAUCUGAAGAGCCACAGAAUCUAAAGACAAUUGUUUCAAGACAGACUUCAGGUGAAGAAUCUUCAUUAACAGAUUUUAAUAAAAGUCUGAAAUACAAUUUACUCUUCUGUAUAUUUCUUAAAAAAAUAUUUACUUCAUUUAUUAAAAUAAGUUUCAACAGGAAUAGUCUUAUUGGAAAUAAGCAGUAUUGCUGUCCCACACUUACUACUAAAUUUCAGGUUUUCCCAAUUUAUGUUUAAAAAAAAUCCUUAAUUUCAUUCUCUGAACAGACAUCCUUAGCUAUGAUUCUUAUUCAUUGCCUUACAUUUUAAGAAAAUAUUUUUCUAAUGAGAAGGAUAUAAUUUCUUGGUCGAAGUUCUCUCAUUACCUGUUUUCUUAAGGUAAUUUGAGCUUUCAGCUGAUUUUUUUGCUGUUCAGUGGUCAACUUCAUUUACUUGGAAUGUUUUAUUAGUCCUUAACUGAAAUAAGACUAAUAGUAUAAUGCUUCAUAAAAGAGGAAAUCGCAUUUUUCAAAUACUUUCUGUUAAAAACAUGAGCUGCUUGUCUUCAGAGAGAGAAAAAAGUUAUUAGUAAUGAUACAAAUGAACUUCUUAUGAGUUUUAGAGCUCUGUAAAUUUCUUGGUGUGAUCUGUGUGAUAAACCUCUGCUGAAUGAGUAUCUGUAAAAGAACAUUGGGCUUAAUGAAGAAUUUGUUUUAAUAAUGAUAUAUCUGAGCUUUUACAUGUAAGAUGCUGCACAGCUGAGUGGAAGAUGAAGUAAUGGAAGGUCUAAAACAAACAGUGCAUUCCACAACAUUUAUUUUUCUGAAGGUUCAAACAGCAUUAAAUUUUUCAAGAGGAAGAAUAGCUGUGGCCCUUCUGGACAUGGAUGAUUCUGUUCUGUUUGGUUCCUACUCAUAGUUAAUCUUGGAACAGCCUGUUUUUUUGUACUUAUGAAGUGCAGGUUUAAUUUCCUUUAAUCCAGAAAAUAUUUCUGAAUGUACUAAAAAAAAAAAAAAGGACAAUUAUUUUAUCACCAACUCACAUUACUGCAUUUUAAUAUGUGCCUUGCAAAUGCCUGUGCUGUAGUAUAUCAGGGUUACUCAUUGCCAGCUGUAGGGGGGGAGCUGGCAACAAAUUGGAGCUGUUGAACAUAUUGAUGCAGAUAAAAAUUUAUCAUCUUCUGGAUUCUCUUUACUGAAACACUUCCAUAGAUUAGAGCGGUCAGUUCAGAGCCAGAUGUGUAUUCAUGUCGGCUAGUUGCUGUCCUGAUGCAAGAUCAUCAGCAGUGAACUGAAUGAACACUCAUGGGGUUUUCUUUACUAAAAAAGAAGGGAUGGAAAGAAAAAUUUUUUUUUGGUCAUUCAGGAAAAUUCUAUUGGAGAACUUUUGGUAUGGAGCAUCUAACAAUAACAGAACUGGGGUGACUUCAGAAUGGAUUACGCUUGAUUUGUUUUUUAGUUGCUUUUGUUUGAUCCAGCUUGACCUGGUGGUCUUGUAAAUUUAAAUAGAAACACUGCUUUAGGGGCUCCUUAAUUAAAUAAAUUAAGCUUUGAUGCAUGGAUGUAAACUCAUAUUAAUACCACUGGCAGCCAUCAUACUCUGGUUUUACGUGCAUAAGAAGAAAUAACCUUGUCCUUAGCUCUAAUGAUGCAGUACAGUCAUUUAAGAUGCUGAGGAUCUGCCUUAAAAAUGUUGUAGCUGUGACAAAAAAGUCUCAUUGGCAUUUCAUUUCUGUUCGUGAUCUCAAUGUGAAGUUCUUAGCUAUUUUUUGAAGUUUUUAUCUACUUUUUGCAGUUCCCUGAUUCAACACUUCAGACAUUUGGAUUCUGUUGCGUCUUUAGCAUCACCAAAAAACUACUUCUACUCAAUUAUUUAUGUGGUUUUCACCCAGGGUGCAAAUUUGAUUAUAGCCUAGUAUUAAACAAGAUGAUUUGGGAAGUUGGAGAUGCAGAGAACGCCUGGGUGUUUUUCUUAGUUUCUGUGUUGUGCUUGUGACUGGUUUGGGAGGGCUCUCUGGUUUUCAGGUGUUACCACAGAACCACAGAAUGUGACAGUAUCUGCAAAAGCUGCCCCCUCUGGAUGGCUGUCAUGAAACUAUGCAUAGGCUAAAGUUAAGCUUUUAAAACUGUGCUCAUGUGAUGCAUGUGGUGACUUCUUGUUUGGGUCUUGAAACUAAUACAGUCACAGCUUAACUGCAGGCUACUUUGAGCAGCAGCUAAGGGGCAGAGUUCUGGGAAGGAAUCCAGUUGUACACCUUUACACUAUUUUUUUGCCUAUUGUGACUAAUACUUUUGCUGAGGUGGCCUAAGAAAAAGGUUUUUUAAAUAGUAGUGUUCAUGUACAGACUGAUUUAAGUAUAUAGUUUGUCAUUCCCUUGACUUGGUAAAUAUUUAUUUGUUUUAUUUUUGUGUUCUGGCCAAGCUCUAUUUCUGCAAUUCCUUUCUGUAAGCUACUAGCCUUGGUGUGUGAAAACUCAGUAAUAUCAACCAGUUUGAGAAGUGAUUUGGUGAGAAGUAUUAUUACAGUGUAGUUGUCAUCCAGGAGUUCUGGACAUGCCACUGUGCUUUCCCAAGUCCUGUGUGUGUUUAGCAAAACGUGUUAGAGCUGAUUAACCCUCCCACAACUUCCUUAUCUCCCAUAUAGCCUACACUGCCCCAGGCUGUCCAUCAGCUGUUCUUGCCCCCAGAUUAUCAACUCCAUAAAUGAGUUAAGUGUUCAUAGAUAUAUCUUAAUAUAUCUAAUUAUCCCUAUUUAGAAAGGUGUCUCUAACAGUGUUUCUGCUUUCAAAGGAGAGUGGCUGGAUGGGGUUUAAAUUACUGUCUGGCUUGCUGAGCAUUCCCAGUCCUUUAUUCAUUGAAGUUUUUUUCUGUUGUAUUCUGUCUGAUUUCAGUAUCAGUGUUGUAGUACACUUUGUAGUUGUCAAAGCCAAGAUGUUAAUCCUCUGGAAUAUGUAGCAAGUGUGCUUUUGAUAACUAAGUAACUUAAAAGAUUAAAGUUUGUACAGUUUGAUUUCUGGUAGGGUGUUGAUACAAGUGUCUUUUUUUCCUUACGUAUUUUGUGCUUGCCACUUGCAGCCCCCUUGAACUCAGUUUGACAAGGCCACUACCAUAUACAAAUUAAUUCUAUCAUAACAGGAUUAUUUCCUCACACUAAAACUUCAGAAAAACCUACAAAUACCAGAUGACUUCCUUCCAGCUGACAUUUUUCUUUUACUGGAAAUAUUCCUUACCCUUAGGCCACUGUCUGCCACAGACUUGCACACAGAAUUCCCAUCAGUUCCAGCACGAUUUGUGGAUGUGAAACAGUAGGAUAAACUUUUGGCAGAAUAUUAUAGCAGCCUGAUGUGAUUAAGCUGGUUUCAUUUUAAUCCCCUAUUUUCAGGGGGUUUCAGUUUAGCCAACAUCACUUACUUCAAGCUGAAAUGUGGCACGUUUGUUCUCCACUGGGAAGUAUGCUUCUGUUAAUAAUAUUUUUAUGAGAUUGUAUUUAUGGAAACUGAAAGAAAAAUGUCAUGAAGCUAGUUUUGUUGCACUUUUCUAAGGCUUUUUGUAAUUUUGCAUAGAGUUCUAGAAUCUGAACAAGUUGUUUGGGGAAGUCAAGGCUUAAAACUUACUCUACCCCAGCAUAGCAAUGUAUUACGUGUAUUUUCAUUCUAGUGAUAUAUGUAUUAUUUUAAUGGCAUAUAACUAGUGUAUUUAUAUGAUAGUUAGGAAGCCCAGUGGACAUUUCCUGCUGCAGAGGAGCCAUUGGCAGUCCUGGUUCCACAGUUCAUCAACUGACCUGUUUUGACAGUAGACUGCAUUUGCAAUAAUGGAAUAGUCAAUUUUUGUUUCUGAAUUCUAUUUCAACACAUGGGGAGAAAGAAGCUCUUUUUUUUUUUUCCUUUUUUUUGUUCCAUUGUUGAAAUUUCUCAGGAGGCUUUUACUGUUUUCCAAUUAUUGCAUAUGUUUGAUUAGGUAAUUACUUGGGAAUCAGUUCAGUAAAGAGGGCACAAGUACACACAGCAUACUCAAGUAAUUAAUCCUUGUAACUUACAACAUUUCAGUUUGAUAGAAUCUUUUGGGUUUGCUUAUUUUGUAAGUUCAAUUUUACUAUUUUUAAGUAGCACUUUUACACAUAUCUGAAGGGGUUUUUUUUAAACAGUUGUGGUUUUUUUCUGUAUGUUAUCUAAUGGAAAGGAAGUAUAACACUACUAAACAAAGCAUAGACUUGUUAGCCUCCAGACUGUAAGUUCAUUUUAGGUCAGUAAUGAUCAAGAGUCGUUCAAUGUGUCUGAAAUAAAUCAGUGAUCCCAUUUAAUAUUGGACAACUCUACAGAUCAAAUUAGAAGGGCAUUAAUUGGUAUCCUCCAACUCUUGAAUGAGGGUACUUUCAGUUCAAGUGUGAGGCAGAAUUGACAGAGCAGUGUGAUGAAUUUUGGACUUCAUGAAAUUAACAGUUUUAUUCAUGUCUCAGUCUAACUUCACAGCACUGUAUUGCAUAAGGACUAACCUUCUUUGAGAUGACACUGCAGCCAGUACUAGUAUCUCCUAAAUAGCUAGUUUAAAGCUUAUUUUUCAUGGCUUUUAGAGAUGAUGUAAAAAAACAGUGAUUCUAAAAAGCUCUUCUCAUCCAUCCACCUUUUCUGAUUUGUAUUGGUUUUUAUACUCCCUAGAAACACAAAUGUUAGACUGACCUAACAGUACACGUAUGGGUUUAGUAAUUUUGUUCUAGACAACAAGCACUCUUUUCUAGAACCCUUUCAAAUGGUUUACACACAAAGACAUAUAUAGACAUUUUACAUAUAGAAGGAGGUUUGAUAUGUACAUCUAUAUACACACACACACACGUGUAUAGCUAUAGGUACAUAUAUGCAGAUUCUUACUAAUACUGAACAUGUUUCCAGAAAUGUUUGCCUCUUGAAUACUUAGGGUGGUGUAUUAGCAUAUAAAUUUAAAAUGUAAAGAGGAAAAAAACAUUUUGUUUGCAUAAGAUUAGAGCUGAGAAAUAAUAGGUUUGAGGAAAAUUCAAGUAUGUACAAAUUGUAUUUCACCCUCUUUCUGGUUUGAAAGGCACAAGCUGUUAAUAAUUGGAACUUAAAAGGUCAGCAAGCAUAUUUUAAGCUAAACCUUUUGGAGGACCAAUAUGCUUUUAGUUUGCAAGCAUCACUAAAGAUCUGGGCAUUUACUUUCUCCAUAAUGUAUUCUGUAUGAGUAUUUAGUAUGUAUGCCUUCAGUUUGCCAAUGUUGCCAUGUUUUAUUCUUAAUUAUUCAUGAAAUAAAGAUUGCAAAUAGCAAAA